CGCGACAGGGCUCGGGUCGCGGGCUUGCUUUCCGGCAGGGUGGACGGGAGCCGCGUUCGUUUUUCGUCCCAUACGGUCGCGCGGGCCCCAUCCCGGGCUACUGGGGCAGGGGGUUCGGAGGUCGAGUCCCAACACGGGGAUGAGCUUGUUUGAUCUUUUCCGGGGCUUUUUCGGCUUUUCUGGACCUCGGAGCCACAGAGAUCCCUUCUUCGGAGGGAUGACUCGAGAUGAAGAUGAGGAUGAGGAGGAAGAGGAAGGAGCCGCCUGGGGCCACAGGAGCCCCUGGUUUCACGGUUCCCCUCCCCCGGAGGAAUUCGGCUUCGGCUUCAGCUUCGGUCCUGGAGGAGAGAUGCGGUUCCAUGAUAACUUCGGCUUUGAUGACCUGGUGCGGGAUUUCAACAGCAUCUUCAGCGAGAUGGGGGCCUGGACCCUGCCUGCCCGCCCUCCUGACCUUCCAGGCCUUGAGUCAGAGGCACCUGCUGGGAGGCCCCGGCAAGGGCAGACCCUUCGAGACUCCAUGCUCAAGUAUCCCGACAGCCACCAGCCCAGGAUCUUUGGGGGGGCCGUGGAGAGCGACACAGGAACUGAAUCUGCCAAACCAGCACCAGAUUGGGGCUCCCAGCAGCCUCUCCGCAGGUUUGAUGACAUUUGGCCUGUGACUCCCCAUCCUCGAGCCAGAGAGGACAAGGAUCUUGACUCCCAGGUUUCGCAGGAGGGCCUUGGCCCAGUCCUACAGCCUCAGCCCAAAUCCUACUUCAAGAGUAUCUCCGUGACCAAGAUCACUAAGCCAGAUGGGGCAGUGGAGGAACGCCGGACUGUGGUGGACAGUGAGGGCCGGAAGGAGACCACCGUGACUCGGCAGGAAGCAGACAGCAACCCGAGGAGUGAAUCACUGAAAUCUCCAGCCCUAGACGAUACUUUUUCCAUCCUGGAUUUAUUCCUAGGACGUUGGUCCCGGUCCCGGUAGCCGUGUGAGCCCUCAGGCCUUCAGGGGCUGAGGUGUGUGGAACAUGAAGCUGGGUUAGGUCAGUGGGGCACUCACCCAAACUGACCAAUAAAACCUGUAUUUAUGCACAGUU